AUGUUUUCGGAUUUGGUUUGCAAUAGGGGAACAGUUGUAAUUAGUGGAGGCCUUGGUGGUGUUGCUAUUGAUAUGUCAAGAUGGAUGAUUAAAAAGCGUGCUGUUAAAAGAAUAGUACUCCUAUCACGAAGAAAUAUUGAAGAAUUAAAGCAAAAUAGUUCGCAGUUAAACGAUUUGAUGAAUUUAAUACAAAUUGCUAAACGGCAUAAUGCAUCUGUCGAAGUUAUGAAAGCAGAUGUGACGGAAUUGGAUCAAGUAGUAGAAGUUAUUCGUCGUAUUAAUGAAAAUAGUAAAUAUCCGGUGCGUGGUAUUAUACAUAGCGCAAUGGUAUUACAUGAUUGUUUAUUAGCAACUAUGACACAAGAAAUGUUAUCUAAAGUUAUGCAGCCUAAAGUCUGCGGUGCAUGGAAUCUACAUUAUGCAACAAAAAUACUAUCAUGCCCAAUUAGUUUUUUCAUAAUGCUUUCAUCUAUUCGAAAUCAUAUGAGCGACGUAGGACAAUCGAAUUAUACUGCUGGUAAUAAUUUUCUUGAUGCUAUUGCUCACUGGAGAUUUAAUUGUAAAAAUCUUCCAGCACUUUCCGUUAGUUUACCGGCAAUUUCUGGAGCUGGUUAUAUUCAUAAAAAUCCAGGAGAUCUAGUUCAGACCUUACAGUCGAAAGGAAUAUUUUUGAUGCCAGCUGUUUAUGUAUUUAAAAUGAUUGAACAAUUACAUUUCAUUCAACAACAACAACGAAUAAUAAAAACAGACUUUUCUUCACCUAUUAUGUUUGUUUUGAAUUGGAAACCAUUACUUUCUUCAAGUACGAAUUUUUCUUCAAGACUUAUUAGUAUCGCUAAGGAAUACAUGAAUAGCAAAGAAGUACAAGAAGAAGAAGCAAUUAUUGGACAUAUCAAUAAUGUUAAGAAUCAAUCAUCUUCAUUACUUUCAACGUUAGAUAUUGAUAUUGAUACAAUAACAAAUAAAAUUCGCCUGUCAAUAUCAAAAUUGUUUGGUGCCCUAAGUGUGGACCGUGUUGACUUAGAUAAACCACUUAUACAUCAGGGUAUGGAUUCAUUAGUUGCUGUUGAAAUUUGUAAUUGGUUGGGAAAGGAAAUGUCUGUUACUGGUCCUCUUGUUGAGUUACUACAAGGCAUGUCGAUUAAUGAGCUUGCCUCGUAUGUACGAGCUAAACUGCACAGUCGACAAACGAAUGUCAAUGUUGAAUUGAAUAAUAACAAAAUCAACGAGUCAUUGGGUAUUGAAACCGAUAAUGACAACGAUACAAAUUCCUUAUUUAAUGUCGAAAACAAUGACAUAAUAGAAUCACAAACUCGUCAUACGGGUACUUCACUUAUUAUUCCACUUCAUCAUUCGUCCUUUAGACAACUGUUGUUUUGUAUACAUGAUAUGAUUGGUCGACCUCAAACAUUCAAUCAAUUAGCACUUAAAAUUAGUCAAGUUUAUCAAAAUGAAUCGCCAUCAAUUUUUGCUUUUCGGGCAAGUGGCUAUGAAUCAGAUGAACCAUAUAUUCAAUCAGUUGAAAUGAUUGCCGAAGAAUAUAUAUUGCAAAUGAAACGAAUGCAACCGACUGGACCAUACAAUUUAGUUGGCUAUUCAUUUGGUGGACUUAUUGCAUACGAAAUGGCACGCCAGUUAUAUAACUAUCAUGGAGAAACAGUUAGAUCAUUGAUAUUAAUUGAUCCUCCAGUACCAGCUAAUGAAAAUCUGACAAUACCUACAGGAAUUACUGAAAACCAAUAUUGGUCCUUUGGAGCAUUGGGUUUUAUAUAUAGUUACCUAAUGUUGAAAGAAAAUAGUUUUUAUCAUUCAAUGGAUGAAAUAAUGAAAUCAAAAGUGUCAGAACAACAGCAAAAGGACAUCGAACAGGAAAUGAUGCCAAAAGCAUUACAAGCAUUAAAACAACGAUUUUAUCCAUUAAAAGACAAUGAUGUUGAUUCUUCGGGAAAUCAACAACAUUCAACAACAGAAAAGAUGUUUCAAAUUAUCAAAACACAAUAUAAAGCAAUAAAUCAUUAUACAUAUAGUUCAGCAAUUGAUUUAAAUCGUAGUGAAAUAGGGAAAAAUGCAAUUAUGUUUACCUUAAACGAGAAUAACAAUAGUAAUAGUUCUAAUGCGAAAACUAACGUACAUCUAAAUCGGCAAUUUUCGGCAGGUAGAAAUGAAAAUAUAGAACAAAAGCAUCAACUUUGGGAAAACUUGUUACCUAAUCUUAAAAUUGAAGUAGUACCAGGUAGCCAUUAUACAGUUUUACAGCCACCAUUUGUUGAUCUCAUCGUACAAAAAUUAAUAACCCUGAAUAUUUUGUAA